CAACAUCAAUCAGUUGAAAAAUAUUUUGCCGUUGUGAAACACCGUCGCUUUAAUUCUCACAAGACAGCCGACAGAAGAGAAUAGGAUUUUUAGAAAAUUAUUAAUGUGCAUUAAUUAUAAAAAUAGAAUAAAGAAAACAACUGUUAAAUAAAAAAAUGGUCUAAAUAGUUUUGAUAAAGAAACAACACCAAGUAUUCUAAAUAAGCCAACUUGAAGUUAAGCUACCAACCAGCGCUAGUGUUAAGUAACAACAAAUAAGCAAUCGAAGAAAAAAACUAAAACACAAACGUCAGUGGUAAAGCAAAGAGCAACAAAAGCAAUAAUAAAUAACAAUAACAAAAAAAAUGGGCAAUAAAUCUUCAAGCAAUAUAAGUUCAUCAUAUCCCCAGCAUGAUGACCCGGCUUAUCGCAAAUGCCAGGAGUUAAAGAUGGAACGUUGGAUACAAAUGCAUUACCAAAUCAAGGAACGCGAAGAAGCCAUUCAAAUCGCCCGUAACCGGGAACUGUUCUAUUGGAUCAGUGGUUUCUAUUUAACAUCAAUGUUUGGCUGUAUCUCAAUUUACCAACGCACCCGUAGGCCCAUUUCAUUACUGCCCAUGGUACCACUCUCCUUUGUAAUGGGCUAUUACGCCGAUUUGGCUUACGGCAGUAAAAUACAUCGUAUAAAAGCUGAAGCUAAUAUGAUUAUGGAACAUGAGUCCGAACUAUUACAUUGGCCCGGCGGCCUUCCAACGGUGGCCACCAUCGAUGAGGGCCGUGUCGAGGCCGAAAUGGAAAAGAAAAUGCAUCCCCAUCAUUCAUAGGCACAAAGAAUGAAGGAUUUACAACACUGGCUGAUGUUUUAUAAAAUUGGCAAUAGCACCUCCUACCCUAUAGCUCAAAUGUGUUUCAAAACCAACAACAAGAAUGAUUCCAAACAAUGUAACAAUGACAAAUAUUUAACAAUGAUACUACUAUUACAAAUGAUAGAUAUUUAAGACAAUAUAUUUAUAAAUUUACAUAUAUAUAUAAACUUUGCUAUACGAUUUAUUUAUUAAUUCCCUUUGAAAAGUUAAACAAACCAAAUUUACAUAAAUUUAACGUGUACGUGUCUCUGUAUUUUUAAAUGUAAUCGAGUGAAUUUUAUAUAUAAUUCGUUAUUGUUACCAACAAAAAUAAAUAAAAAUUCAUAAAAUUUUUUUAACAACUUUUUAUUUUCAUUCCAAUCUUAAUUGUAUUUUUAUGCAUGUGGAUUUUAUAAAAAAAAUGUUAUUGUUCUUAUUUUAAGCUAUUCUCUUCUUUUCUUACGACUUUAUGAUCUCAGUGUAUGUAAAAAUUAAUUAAUAAAUAAAUUA